AGUGCCAUACGUGAAAAUCCCGUAGAUGGAAAAGUCAUUGAGCAGAGUAAAAUAUGUACUGAAUCCACCCAUCGAACAUUGGGCUAUCAUGGCAGAGUUGAUUGCAAAAACUGUUGAUUGGUCACUAACUAUUAUCUCUGAUUUGUCUUUAAACACCAAUGAGAUUAUUGGUUCUAUUUCAACGGCUUAUGAUCGUUCGACUUCCGGGCAAGAUGAAGACGAUUGUUGUUGCAUAAGGACUUAUUAUGUACGUGAAGAUUGGCGACAUAUCGGAUUAGGAACGGCUUUGUUCAAGAAAGUUCUAGAGAUUGGAAAAAAUUCCAAUAAGGCUUUGCAUGGAGUCAUGAAAAUGACUAAAAUCUACGCUGAGUACUAUAUCCUAAAGGAUUUGAAAGAUGUCGAUAUGGAGAAACUAACAAGCUACGAUGCUUCGAUUAGUCAUCGUAAGCGAGAAAAAUAUGUCAAGAAUUUUAUAAGCACGGAUAACUGCUACGUUAAGGUAGCCUUCGACAGAUCGAAUAAUAUCGUUGGAUAUUGUAGCGUUCGCACUUCGCUUGCAAAUACACUCUGUACCGCACCCCUUUACGCAGAUAAUGAGGUUGUAGCAAGAAGUUUGCUUUCUGGUGUAUUGUCCAUGAUCAAAGACACUAGCUACAAGUACUUCUCAUCAGAAUUCCCCGAUAUCAACGAGGAUGCACACAGACUGUUCGAGUCACUUGGUAAUGGUCACACGACUUUCGAACCAUACACUCAGUGUGCAUUUACGAAGAAAAUCUUACCGUUUGAAGAGGCAAAAGUAUUUGGAAUACUCGAAUGUGGAAACAGUUUUGUCUAA